AUGUCUGAGGGAGCUUACCAACACCUCUGGGACUCCUCCCACGUGACCCUGCAAGAGCUGCUGAACCAGGAGCAGCCCCUGCUGCAACCCGCGCCCAACCAGGAGCGGCCGGCUUUCCACUACCGGCUCUCCUUGCUCUACCUGUACUACCUGGCGCUGCUGCGCAAGUUCAACACCCUCUACGACCAGAUGGUGCAGCCGCAGAAGCGGCGGCUGCUGCGGCGCCUGCUGGACGGCGUGGCGGGCCGCGUGCUGGAGCUCAAGGACGAGAUGGUGCGCGUGGACCUGUGCGAGUACCACUACCUGGACCGCGUGCUGCAGGACCUCCAGCUCACCCCGGCAGAGCUGGAGGUUCCGAUCCCCAAGUACUUCCGGCAGGAGCGGUCCGGCACUCUGCACGACCGAGGGCUGCUGCUGGAGGAGAUCCUGGGCAGGAUGGAGCCCGCGGCCUUACAGGAGAGCGCUCCAGAAAUGACCCGGACCGAAGCCGUGAUCCUGCUGCAGACCGCGGAGCGGGCCAGGCAAGGCCGGAUCCGAGCCAACUUUCUCCGGGAGAUUCGCCGACAGGAGGAGCGGGAUCGGAAGAUGAAAGAGGGCGGGCGGCCCAAGUUAAGUCAGGACCAGGCAGCCGUCACCAUUCAGAAGGUGUGGAAAGGCUACCUGCAGAGGAAACACACUCAGCAGGAUCGGCAAAGGGAGAUGGAAUUCAUUGGCAUGCUGCCGUCGCCCAGCCACGGGGAGGACUCCGGCAUCCUGUUCCAGGCCAGCAUCAGGGAGGACGCCAGGAGGCUCCUCCAGAAGGAGAAGGAGGAGGAGUUCCAGCUGGCCACGGUGAAGACCCGCAACUAUCUCAAGGAGACCGAGGGGCCCUACAUCAAGGAGGAGAUUCAGGAGCAGAUCCGGCAGUGGUUCAUCGAGUGCCACGCCCUCACCGGCCGGUUCCCCGAUUUCCCGGAGGAGUCUUUAGGUGGAUCCCACCUGAUCUUCUCAGACAAGACUCCAGAGGAGGUGAAAAUGGAACUGGAGAUGCAGGCCCAGGAGAGCAGAAAAAAGGACCAAGACAAAAAAAAGGAGAAGGAGAAGAAAGAAAAGACCGGGAAAGGGGAAGCAGACGCGAUGCUGAAGGUGCUGCCGUCCAGAUCCAUCCCCCUGAUCAGUGCUGGGCAUGAGGAGUAUAAGAAUGUGUGGAAGAACCGGCCUGACAACAAGUACCCCAGUCUGAGUUUUGACCCCGAGGCCCUCCGGAUGGAGAAGAGGAAGGAGAUGGAGCUGGAGAUCCGGGUGCAGGUGGAUGAGCUGAUGCGUCAGGAGCUGAAGACCCUGCGCCUGGCUGUGGACCGGGAGGAGGACAGACCCUUCAAGGCUCCGAAGAAGAAAGAUGGGAAGAAAGCUGGGAGGAAGAAGGAAAAAGAUCUGACCCCGGACAGGUCCAUGUCCUCUCUGUUUGAGGAGCUCGUCGUCUAUGGCUUCCUGAAGAAGAGCGAGACCGUGGCGCUGAAGGACUUCGUGGGUGACUACCUCUAUCUUGGAUCCACUCUGAGUCUGGCCAGCAAGCUUCCCAUGCCUUCCCUGUUUGACAUCCGACAGAAUGUGGCCUUGUACGGGGUCCUCCGGCUCGGCUCCGCAGACAUACACACCAUGGCUCCCCUCAUCCGCUCCCUCCUCCUGGUGGGCCCCUCCGGCAUGGGGAAGAAGAUGCUGGUCAACGCCGUGUGCACGGAGACCGGCGCCAACCUGUUCGACCUGUCCCCGGCCAACCUGAAGGACAAGUACCCCGGCAAGACCGGGGUGCAGAUGAUCGUGCACAUCGUCUUUAAGGUGGCCCGGCUCCUCCAGCCCUCGGUCAUCUGGAUCGGGAAUGCCGAGAAGAACUUCUAUAAGAAGGUCCCAAAGGAAGAGGAGGAGAUGGACCCAAAGCGAAUAAGGAAGGACCUCACCAAGGCCCUGCAGCUGCUGGGCCCCGGAGACCGCGUCAUGCUGAUAGGGACCACCGACCAGCCGCAGCUCGCCGAGAUGAGGGGGCUGUGCCGGACCUACGAGCGGAUUCUCUUCAUGCCCCGGCCCGACUAUGCUUCUCGCUAUGUGCUCUGGAAGCACAUGGUGGAAGCCCAGGGAGCCAAGGUGACCCAGAGCCUGGACCUCAGUGCCCUGGCCAUGGUGUCCGACGGCUACACGCCCGGCCACAUCCUCCAGGCCAUCCGCUGGGUGCUCACCGAGCGGCGGGUUAUGCAAUUGUCCAAGCGGCCGCUGGUGGCCUCCGAGUUCAUGGCUCACCUGGCCCAGCUGGAGCCAGUGCACAGGGAGGAGGAGGAGUCCCUGAAGGACUGGUACUUCAAGACCCCGCUGGGCAUGAGCAGGCUGAAACUCGACAAGGAACAGGACGCCAAGGGGGCCAAGCUGGCGAAGGAGAAGAAGAAACAGAAGUGA